CAUCACUCUUUCCUAUGCCCCAGGAGACACCAUCUUCUUCCCCCAGCAGACAGAUUUUGUGAGCUGUUUUUCUCCUCUCAUAACUCUUGUAUUUUCAUGAAGAGAUUAAAAACCAUUGUGAGAGGCUGCCUAGGACAGGAAGGUGCUCCACAGUGCGUGUAGACCUUGAAUUGAAAGAUCCUCCAGCGCCCACCAGAAACAAAAGAUGGAAAUGCUUCAGAAAGGUGUAAACAGUUCCUUCCCCACAGACAGAAAGAAAGAUGCCUGCACCCCAGGAUCACCGCCGCUGAGGAUCCUCCUGGUGGGCAAAUCUGGCUGCGGGAAAAGUGCCACAGGGAACAGCAUUCUCCGACGACAAGCAUUCGAGUCCAGGCUCAGAGCCCAGUCGGUGACCAGGACCAGCCAGGCAGAGAUAGGCACAUGGAAGGGAAAGAGCUUCCUAGUGGUAGACACACCCCCCAUCUUUGAGUCAAAGGCUCAGAACCAAGACAUGGACAAGGACAUUGGAGACUGCUACCUGCUGUGUGCCCCAGGACCCCACGUGCUGCUGCUGGUGACCCAGCUGGGACGCUUCACAGCCCAGGACACCAUGGCUGUGAGGAGGGUGAAGGAGAUCUUUGGGGCAGGAGUCAUGAAGCACAUGAUCAUCCUCUUCACCCACAAGGAAGACCUGACAGAUGAGACCUUGGAUGGGUUUGUGACCCACACUGACAACCACAGCCUGCGCAGCCUGGUCCAGGAGUGUGGGAGGAGGUACUGUGCCUUUAAUAACAGGGCCUCAGGGGAAGAGCAGCAGGGACAGCUGGCAGAGCUCAUGACUGUGGUGAGGAGGCUGGAGCAGGAGUGUGAGGAAUCUUUCUACAGCAAUGACCUCUUCCUUCACGCCUGCGAUCUCCUUAAUGGCAGCUACAGUGAGGAUCAGGAAGCCUACAAGUGCUACCUGUCGAAGGUGAGGCAGGAGGUGGAGAGGCAGAAGCGCGAGCUGGAGGAGCAGGAGGGCAACUGGGUUCUCAAGGCGCUCCUCAGAGGCAAAGAGUGGAUGGCUUUGCACUAUGGGAUUUGUGCAAGCUUUGUGUUGGGCAUAGCAAUCCUCAUUGUUAUUUUUCUGCUCAUAUUUUACAAUGUUUGAUGCUUUGUACUUGAGGGAAGUUUCUAAAGCGUCAUGCCAGGAUCCAUCGAUGUGAGCAUCCCCUUCCGAAAACCACUCUGGUCUGUGAGACACUGCUAAUCCGGGCCUCUUCUGUUUCCCCUUUAGGAUUCUAGUUUAGAUCAGGCAGAGCUCAGAGCUUAGGAGUCCUGCAGAGGAUCAGAGGAACCAGAAGGUCAGGGACACCACAAGAGAGACCACAGUCCACAGAAUCAACUGACUGGGACUCAUGGGGGCUCAUAGAGAUCAGGGAGCCUGUAGGGGUCUAACCUACAUCCUCUGCAUAUAUAUAUCAGGCAACUGUAUUGUACUAAGAAAGUCAAUCUCCUCCAAGGAGGAACUCCCCAAUAGGUUAUGCAAUCCCAUGUGGUCAUCCCUAAACACAUAUACACAUUAGCCACACGAAAUGAAUCAGCAGGUAGUAUUUAUGUGUACAUAUGUGGGCAUAUAUGUAUAAUAAUUAGAGGAUAAGAGAUCAUGAGGUUGAAAGGGAAUAGGGAAGACAUGGGAGGAGUUGGAGGGGGUAGAAAUGAUGUAAUUAUAGCUGCCAUUCUUGAAAUUCUCAAAAAAUAAAAUAA